CACCUGAAAAUUAAGAGGUAAGAGUUAAAUUAAAGUGUUUUGUUACCUUAAAAUGAGCUCUUUAUAUUACACGUGAGUGAGUCUUCCUCGAUGGAGUGAACCAUGUUUUACUACCCUUACAAAGGUAAACUGUUUGUUGUUAUAUGCAACUUCCUAGAGGCCAAUAAAUCUUUUACACAUGGUCCUUUAAACAGUAAAGUCAGUACUGCACUAUCUGAUCUGUAAUGCUGCACUUUUUUGGUAACCACCAUGGUCACCAUGUCCAUACUACAUAUAUUUUAGUAAUAAUGAAAAUGGACAUUUCAAUGUGUGUAUGCUGAUUUCCUAUACACAGAACAUGUAGGCUUUUUGAUUAAGAUUGGAGGAAAUGUGUGUUUACUGGCGACCUGUCCCGGGUGUACACCACCUUUCACCCUAGAUGUGUCCUUGCUAUUAUUCGUUUUAACAUCCAGGUGUUGUUGACAUGAGGUGGAAAAAUGGCUUUUAUCAUUGCUGUCGCUCUUUCUUCUGUUCCUGCACCCAUCUUUUAACCGUGCUCACCUACUCUAAAUCAUUCUCGGGCCCUGGAAGGAAAACCAUAUUCACAGAAAAUACACAGAAAUGCUAGCUGAUCUCAUUUGGGCUCUGAAGAUCUGGCAACAUCUGUCUAGUUAUGGUUUAAAGGAGAGGAGGUACACUUGUAUUUGAUCCUUAGUUACCACCAUGGAUGGGAAUAGUGUGUCCAAACCUCCUAGCAAUGGACUGUCUGCUCAGCCAGGGAUUAUAGGAAUACUUUAAGGUGUUAAAAGCGGAGGUGGAAGCAGACUUUCUGUGAAGAGAUGGAACGCCUCCUGGAGAAUGGAAGUGAGAUCAACACAGGUUAUACAUAAUUUGCUUUUUUACAUUUUAACAGCUUUCAUGUAGCCUUCUGUGUUUGAAAUUGCACUCAGUGAAAAAAACAAAUGGUUGUUUUCAUGUAUCACAAAACUGAUCCCAGUGCAUCUGAUGACAAUUUUUUUUAUGUUUUUAUUAUUGUGUGUGUGUGUAGACUCAGGCAAUAGUGCUGACAGCUGGACGGACGUCAAGUUGCUCUGUGAUCUCCUGGAGGCCAACGGGAAAAGGAAUGUCUCUGUUCACCAUCUGAUGGACCAUCUCAACCUGAACAUGUUUGUCAUUGUGGGCCAGAACCUAAAACAGCAAAACUUCCCUGGUCUCUAUUAAUUCCAAUGGACGAGGAGACCAGGAGCUUCCUGAGGAGGUUUCUGGACGAGUUCCCCACUGCUCUGGAGGAAGACAGAUCGCUGCCCAUUACCCCGCUGAGCUGCAAAAUCACUCUGGAGGAGAUGUAUGGAGAGAGUCUGGCUCUGGGUCUGAGUCUGCUGGCUGAAAGAGGAGCUCCUGCAGUCUUCAGCGCCCUCUUGUGUCAGGCAGCACUCUCCCACCUCUUGCAGGCAGAUCUUUCACUAUUCUACUGCCCACAGAAAGAAGAACCAAAAGUCUCAUUUUUUGGGAGGCUACUUUGUUGCACCUGCUGCCUACAGAAACCAGAGGCUGACCAGGAAGAAGAAGAACAAACACAAGUCUUGCUUCAUUCGGAGGCAGUCCAGCGUUUUUUCCUCAAUAAACUGAUAGACGUAGCUUUGGCAUGGCAUCAGAACUCCUUUUUGCCUCCCUCGAUGGUUCCCCAGUUCCGCCUCUGCUCUGUUCAAUUCAUCAAAAACAGAAGGACGGAGAUGGAGGACAUGCACUUGGCCCUGGCCGAGUUCAACCAGCUCUUUGGCAUCCGGGACGGAGUGGAUCGUGCCUACUAUGCUGUGUUUGAUGGACAUGGAGGCGUGCAUGCUGCCAACUACUGUGUAACCCACCUCCACGUCGCUCUGAGUAAACAGGAAACACUGCAGAGUGAUGCAGCGGCUGCCUUUAAAGCUGCCCUCAGACACACAGAUUACAUGUUCAGAGGCAAAGCUGAGAGAGAGAGUCUGAUUGACGGCACUACGGCUGUGGCAGUGUUGAUCCACGGUCAAGAGCUGACUGUGGCCUGGCUUGGAGACUCUCAAGCAGUGCUGGUCAGGAACGGACAAGCUGAAAAACUCACAGAGCCCCAUAAACCAGAGACAGAGGAGGAGAGGCAAAGAAUUGAGGAUAUCGGAGGCUAUAUCACCUACUCAGAUUGCUGGCGUGUUAAAGGCAUAUUAGCGACAUCAAGAGCAAUAGGUGACUUUGACCUGAAACCCUACGUGUCUGGAGAUGCUGACUGCUUGACCAUGCGGUUGUCAGGAGAUGAGGACUACAUUUUACUGGCUAGUGACGGCUUCUCUGAUGUAGUCAAACCAUCUCUGGUCCCUAAUCUGGUGUUAGAGGCACUCCAGCAGCCUGAUGACCCAGAAGGAGGAGAGGACUCUCUGCUGCAACAAUCUGAGGAGAAUAUCGGAUUCAAAGUCACCGACCAUUUGGUAAGAGCUGCUCUAAAAGCUGGCUCUACUGAUAACAUAACUGUGAUGGUGGUGUUCCUGCGUCCCCUGGAUCAGCUGCUCUGGCAAACUUCACAAGCUACUGAGGAGGACUCCACUUCCCAAGAUGCUCCACAGCAGUGAGGGAGG